CUAGAAAUAGUCGUAACAACUGAAUCGUCAACCAUGAUAUUGGAUUUGGAGGAUUCAUCAGCCGGGGUGGACUUUACGGACAACGACAGCACUGAGCUCACUGAACUCGCAUCGCAACAUACCACCAAGUCGACAAAGGGACGAAAACUUCGCCAGGUAUUGCAGAAAAAGCAGCUGGAUGUACUGUUGCAAACGUACAGUUCGUUCCUCGACGAACCAGGAGAAACAGCAACCACACCCAGUAAUUCUCAAACGGCCAACGACUUUUUCUCCAUCGCGAGAAAGAACAGCAUUGAAGGCAAUCCAAUUGUUCCACUUUCAACAAGCUUCGUCAAUUCCGAUGACACCACCAUGACAGACGUUCCAAAGCCUCCUCGGAAUGCAGACGUCAAAAGGGCUCGAGUGCGAAGAGCUAGAGAUUUGAUCAUUGAGGAAGAAGAGGGGCAACUUCGAGGUUCUCCUUUCACCGACGAUAGCAUGCCAAUGCAGCUAUCAGAUAGUGAAGAAGAAACUACUGGUGCUGUAGUUGAUCCUAACAAGGGCAAAGGAUCAAAAGAACCUGUUGGAAAUCGCAAGCACAAGAAAAAGAACGGGACAAGACGCAAAAAGAAAGUAGACUUGAAGACACGUCUCUGGAAAGCCAAUGAAGCUUUGAAAGGAUUCUCCACUCGAGCCGCUCAAAAGCAUUUUGAGAUUGCUGCAGACUUCCACGCGGUUACAAAGGAACUGAGGCAUCAUCUGAAGAGCGGCGCAAAUGUAAUGUUUGAAGACCUUGCAGAUCAGUUUGACGGUAUGGUAGAGAAUAUGUUUGCAGGCGACGGUGUGGAGCAGCGCGACGAUGUUGGGCCCCAGAACAACAGUGCUCGUCAACUGCAUCACGAACAAACAGUUCCUGCCAAUGGUACCAGUCAAACCGGUCAAAUGCGGCAGGCAGCACCACAGAUCGUCCAAGAAGAUCCCAACUUUCGUCCCUUGAGUCACGAAGAAGCGAUAGAAGUCAUGAACAAGCAGGUUGCCGAUAUGCUUGUGCCCGUGGCGGCGCUAUCGAAUCGAGUCCAAGAGAACAUAGGUUGCUCUGAACUUGGUCCUGGUCCCGAUGAAUACGGCUACUUCUAUGAAGCAGAGGGACGAGAACUCCCCACCUCGGCCAGCUUCUAGAUUCUCAGUGUGCCAAGCCUGGCUUCCAUCUUCGGAUUUGUGAUAUCGUUGAGCAGGAGAACUUCCACGUCGUCUCUUCUUUGAAUUGUUAGAUGAUCUUUCAUGAUUAGUACAUGCUCUUGUAAGUUGUCUCUGGAGAAGAGGACACACAUUGGGCCUGUACGAGUGAUGAAGGAAGAAACUAUUCCGAUCCUCCACCCCAGCUUCCACCUCCAGCUUCCACCUUCGAUCAGUCCUACAUGUAUGUACAAACUCAUUAGCUUUGUUAACACUAUUAGAUCACUCCUACAUUCACAGACUCAGUUCUCUAGGU